UAGAACUUCGACACGUAUGUAUUGGAGGUAGCCGGGGAAAGUGUCCCUGGUACCUGCGCCAUGCGCCAGACCAUCGUUCUUUCCGAUAUGCGUUGGACGAACGAGAAUUGAAACCUGUAACGAAAUAUGCGCCAAUCAUGUCACCACGUAUAUCUCGAACUUCUCGCUCACCUUUCCGCACACAAACGCUAUAUCCACACGUCUAGACCAUCAUUGAAUUUCAUCGGGCUUCCAGACCCAGCUUCCAACCUCCGGCCUAUCAUAUACACCACCGCUAUCUCUUCAUCCUCCCCUUCCGAGUCUAAACAGCACCCAUACUCCCUCAGAGAAUUCUCAGAUGAUACGUUAGACCACGAGCUACAGUGGAAACUCCAUCGAGAACAGCUCGACGCGUUCAACCACGCAUACUGGGCAGAGAGUAACAUCCGCUUCGAGGCUGCCAAAUCCUCGGUCCUCGCUGCCCUCCCGCCUAAUGCACCUACCGAAGCACACGAACACGCCUUGUCUGACUUUUACAAGAAGUGGGUGGUUCAGGAACGGGGGCGCCAGGACGAGUAUGCCGUAGAGCUCAGGAAACGGACGUUCGAGGAUCUCUCGCUUUCUGCUAAAGUCGAAUUUCAGAGGGUAAAGAAGAGGCUAGCAAGUUGGAGAUUUCUAUAAUUCGUAUAGAUUUUGCAACUGCGGGACUCGUACGAUACUACCCUAUCCCUCUCUUGUGUACCCCAGGUCCAGCAUCACCAGCUCCCUAACACGAUGAUACACGUCUCCCAGUUUCAGUCCUUCGACUCCUGAGCUCUCGGCUCUGUAAUCUCUCGCUAGGUCACCCACCAUGUCCUCCUGUAUGCCUGGGAAACGCGACUUGAUUUCAGGCAUCAAAGGCACCGGCAAGCAUUCGCCCGUGUCAAGGUCGACACCUGGUAUUUGACAUAAUUGGGGCGAGGGAAGAAUAACGUUGAAUGUGGUGUAAAGCGCGGUUGCGCGGAAGCGGGAGGUUAGUUGUGCGUCAGUGAUGUUGGCAGUUUCACGGAUAGAGUCCCAGCUGAAGUGACCAUUAAAGCUGGUAAAUGGGAUAGGGAAAUGAAACAUACUCAUCGUGAUUGUAUAUCCUACA